GAGCCCGGCAGAGCCCAGCCCGGCCCCCUCGGCGCCGCCAGACGGUGGCGGGCCGGGCUGAGGCGCUGCUGGGAAGCGCAUCCCGCCCCGCUCCGCCCCGGCAGCCGCGGCCAUGACCGACAACAUCCCGCUGCAGCCGGUCCGGCAGAAGAAGCGGAUGGACAGCAAGCACCGCAGCGGGUGUUGUGAGUGCUUAAGAUGCUGUGGAAGGAGAGACCCGAGGCCUCGUACUGUUUGGCUUGGCCAUCCAGAGAAGAGGGACCAGAGAUACCCUCGCAAUGUGAUCAACAAUCAGAAAUACAACUUUUUUACGUUUCUCCCUGGGGUGUUGUUUAACCAGUUCAAAUACUUCUUCAACCUUUAUUUCUUGCUUUUGGCCUGCUCACAAUUUGUCGUUGAAAUGAGGCUUGGUGCACUUUACACAUACUGGGUUCCUCUGGGAUUUGUGCUUGCCGUUACCGUCAUCCGAGAGGCCGCGGAGGAGAUCCGAUGUUACAUGCGCGACAAGGAAGUGAACUCGCAGAUCUACAGCAAGCUCACAGCGAGAGGGACUGUGAAGGUGAAGAGCUCCAACAUACAAGUAGGCGACCUCAUCAUUGUCGAAAAGAACCAGCGGGUCCCUGCUGACAUGAUCUUCCUGAGGACGUCGGAGAAGAAUGGGUCUUGUUUCCUUCGCACUGACCAGCUGGAUGGUGAGACAGACUGGAAACUGCGGCUGCCUGUGACCUGUACUCAGAGACUGCCAACCGCUUCUGACCUACUGCAAAUCCGAUCCUAUGUGUAUGCAGAAGAACCCAAUAUCGAUAUACAUAAUUUUGUUGGGACCUUCACAAGGGAAGACAGUGACCCUCCAGUGAAUGAAAGUUUAAGCAUAGAAAACACCCUAUGGGCCAGCACAGUGAUUGCAUCAGGUACUGUUGUGGGAGUUGUCCUCUACACUGGGAGGGAACUGCGCAGCGUGAUGAAUACUUCAAACCCAAGAAGUAAGAUUGGUCUUUUUGACUUGGAAGUGAACUGUCUUACCAAGAUCCUUUUUGGGGCUCUUGUGGUGGUCUCGCUUGUCAUGGUGGCCCUUCAGCACUUUGCUGGCCGUUGGUAUCUUCAGAUCAUAAGAUUUCUCCUUCUGUUCUCAAACAUCAUUCCCAUUAGCUUACGGGUGAAUCUGGACAUGGGGAAAAUUGUCUACAGCUGGGUCAUCCGCAGAGAUUCCAAAAUCCCUGGGACUGUGGUUCGCUCCAGCACUAUUCCUGAGCAGCUGGGGAGGAUAUCCUAUUUGCUUACAGACAAAACAGGAACUCUUACGCAGAAUGAGAUGGUCUUCAAGCGACUUCACCUGGGAACUGUAGCUUAUGGCCUGGACUCCAUGGAUGAAGUGCAGAGCCACAUAUUCAGUAUAUACACACAGCAAUCUCAGGACCCACCUGCAGUGAAGGGCCUGACCUUGGCCACCAAGGUGCGUAAAACCAUGAGCAGCCGCGUGCAUGAGGCGGUGAAGGCCAUCGCGCUGUGCCACAACGUGACGCCCGUGUACGAGUCCAACGGGGUGACGGACCAAGCUGAAGCCGAGAGACACUACGAGGACUCGUGCAGGGUGUACCAGGCCUCCAGUCCUGAUGAGGUGGCCCUGGUGCAGUGGACAGAGAGCGUGGGGUUGACACUGGUGGGCAGGGACCAGUCCUCUGUGCAGCUGAGGACACCGGGUGGCCACAUCCUGAACUUCACCAUCCUCCAGAUCUUCCCCUUCACUUACGAGAGCAAGCGCAUGGGGAUAAUCGUUCGGGAUGAAUCAACAGGAGAGAUCACCUUCUACAUGAAGGGGGCUGAUGUGGUGAUGGCUGGGAUUGUGCAGUACAACGACUGGCUGGAAGAGGAGUGUGGUAACAUGGCUCGGGAAGGCCUGAGGGUUCUUGUCGUAGCCAAGAAGUCUCUGACGGAAGAGCAGUAUCAAGACUUUGAAGCACGCUAUGUCCAGGCCAAGCUGAGCGUGCACGACCGCUCCCUGAAGGUGGCCACCGUCAUCGAGAGCCUGGAAAUGGAGAUGGAGCUGCUGUGUCUCACCGGCGUGGAAGAUCAGCUGCAGACAGAUGUCAGACCCACUCUGGAGACGCUGAGAAAUGCUGGCAUUAAGGUGUGGAUGCUGACAGGGGAUAAGUUAGAGACAGCCACGUGUACAGCCAAGAACGCACAUUUGGUGACGCGGACACAGGACAUCCAUAUAUUCAGACUAGUGACUAACCGUGGAGAAGCCCAUCUAGAGCUGAACGCCUUCCGUCGGAAACACGACUGUGCUCUAGUUAUUUCUGGCGACUCGCUGGAGGUGUGUCUGAAAUACUACGAGUAUGAGUUCAUGGAGCUGGCUUGCCAGUGCCCUGCCGUCGUGUGCUGCAGAUGCGCCCCGACACAGAAGGCCCAGAUCGUGCGGUUGCUCCAGGAAAGGACCGGCAAACUCACCUGUGCAGUAGGUGAUGGAGGGAAUGACGUUAGUAUGAUUCAGGAGGCUGACUGUGGUGUUGGAGUUGAAGGAAAGGAAGGAAAACAGGCAUCACUUGCAGCCGAUUUCUCUAUCACUCAGUUUAAACACCUGGGUCGCUUGCUAAUGGUGCAUGGAAGGAACAGUUACAAACGGUCUGCAGCUCUCAGUCAGUUUGUCAUCCACAGGAGCCUGUGCAUCAGUACAAUGCAGGCUGUUUUCUCAUCAGUAUUUUACUUUGCUUCAGUUCCUCUCUACCAAGGUUUUCUCAUCAUUGGGUACUCCACAAUUUACACGAUGUUUCCAGUGUUUUCUCUAGUCCUGGACAAAGAUGUUAAAUCUGAAGUUGCAAUGUUGUACCCAGAGCUCUACAAAGAUCUUCUCAAGGGACGACCAUUAUCCUACAAAACGUUUUUAAUUUGGGUCUUAAUAAGCAUCUAUCAAGGUAGCAUCAUCAUGUAUGGAGCGCUCCUUCUCUUUGAAUCUGAAUUUGUGCACAUUGUCGCCAUUUCCUUCACAUCCUUGAUUCUCACCGAGUUGCUGAUGGUGGCGUUGACGAUCCAGACCUGGCACUGGCUCAUGAUAGUGGCUGAGCUGCUUAGCCUCUCCUGCUACAUAGCGUCUCUGGUCUUCUUACAUGAGUUUAUUGAUGUCUACUUCAUUGCAACUUUGUCGUUCUUGUGGAAAGUCACCGUCAUCACCCUGGUGAGCUGCCUUCCCCUCUACGUCCUGAAGUACCUGAGACGAAGGUUUUCUCCCCCAAGCUAUUCGAAGCUCACGUCCUAGGGCUGCUCUCCUUGCACACCAGAGACAAAUAUUGCACAUGGCUGAGAGACAAAAUCAUGUAGUUGUUACUAUAACGAAUACGUCUGAUAUUUGCGUAAAGAUCAUGUGGUAAUCUUUAUUACAUGCUGCUUUAUUGAAAAAAGACUUCACAACUGCCGUGAACAGAAACCUGACGAUAAAAGGAAAGUUUUUUGAGGACAGAGGCACUUGUUAGUUCAUCCAGUUUUUGUCUGUCAUUUUUGUUCGACUUAACUGGGGUCAAAUGCACGUAACUGCAGUGAUGAUGGGUUUCUCGUGCAUGGUUAAAAGUAUCUGAAAGCUGCUAACUGACCUUGCAAUUUACAUUUGACAAACUUAAGUUCCUUUUUUAAGUAUCUGUGCUGUUCCUUGCAUUGUGUUAUGUUGUUUUGUAUUAUUUAUCUUUUUUAUUCAAGUAGUUGUAUUCUUUUUACCUCUUGGAAAUACCUUAAAGUAGGUGAUGCACUAUACUGCUGACAGCUGAUUCCUGAUUUAUGGCAUGCUGUUUCCAUAAUGGGGCUCCAGCAUGUCGGAUCUACACACACUUGAGAAUCUGAGCUUGUCUGAGAUUUCCCUUCACCUUAAUGAUUUUGGACGUAUCCAGCCAUUGAUAAGUACAGACAAAUGUAGUCCAAAGUGAAAAAAAAUCAGUUUUGUUUAGCUUUUGUGCUUCCUGUUAAAAGGAGUUGCUGACAUGAUAGCUUUCCUCUGUAUUUAUUUGUAUAGGAGAAAUUUAUCUAAACUAAAGCAAAUCUUCUUUGGAAAAGAAAUUUGCAGUUGAUCAGUCUUAAAAUGUGUCGACAACGUGAGAAGAGACUCGUACUGUUCCGCAGACAAUGUGGCAGACGUGUCUUGAAUCCUUGGAGACUGAAAGGGAAGGUCACAGAGCUGCUGCUCCUCACAGCUACACGAAAUCUGUUUCCUGUUAGGGCAAAGCUGUGAAGAUGAGCUGCAAAUGAGCUGAGGCACUCCUAGGUGGAUAUUGUUCAUGAUCCACUCCCUGCAGAGAGGCGGUUUUUGAGAACCUUGCACUUGCUUUGCUCUAAAAGCCAAACUUGAAUCGCGGAGGCAGGAGUGGGGUUUGUAUGAAAGCGUUAGGCUCAUGUGCAGGGCAAAUUUUCUUACUGUUUUUUGGUUUUCAAAAAUUAAACUCAGUGAGUUCUGGUUUUAAAUAAGCACUGGCCCAUGCCGUAUCACCACGAGGAGAGCAACACCUACAUAGGCUGUGACAGGAGUUACGGGAACCUUUUGCUGUUGGGUCCACGCAUCAGACAUGGAUGAGCUUUUAGUGGGAGCCAUCCUCGAUUAAUGGCUGUUUAGUCUGUGCUAAAUUAGUUGCUUACUGUCUCAUUCCCACAUCAUAAAAACCACCGUUGGAGCUGGCACCACUUGGCUGCAUGGAGGGACCAGGAGCAGCAGAGCCCAGAGUCUGAGCUCCCUUCUCCUCUCCAAGGAACCUUCCAGGUCAGGACAACCACACUGGUGCGAGGAGCCGAAGCUCCCUGGUCGUCUCUGUGCGAUGCUGAAGCUCUUUAAUGGACUGCCAGUUUCUGUUGCCAUUGCUCCAGGCGUUCCGCUGUCACAAGGAGCACAAUGCUGCAUUAAAAGGUCUGGUGUGAACUUCAGUGGAAAAAUGGGAGUAUUGUUUUAACAGGAGAGCUGGAGUCUGUGUUGACCCACAGUGGUACUGAAUUUUCAGAUCUAAGACAGCCGUGGCUGAUGCGUGUUGAUUGCUCCGGGGAAGGUUUUGCACAACCUGACCUGCCUUCCUUGUUCUCAGUUCCUGUGAGUAAAUAUCAAAGAGGAGGGGAAGCAAGUUCCAGAAGAUUUAGAGAAAAAUUGGAUGUGCUUCAUAAUGCGUGUGGCUCAGGGUGAGAGGAAGGUGCAAGUGCAUAUGACCUUGUUAUUUCAUGUGGGGGAAACUCUUAAUUUAGAAAACUAUGUUUCAAAAUCCUUCAGGAAUAAGAGCAGCAAACACUCUUUAAUCUAACUUUUGUUUUUUCUUUUGUGUGAGUCUUCUGAUUAGGCUCUUGUCUGAACUCUACUUAGAAAUAGCCUUCAGAAACAACCUACUGGCUAAGAAAGGGUAAUCCUUAGUAUCCACCUUUUCGUAAUAUUUUGAAAAUCAGCUGUUUCCACCCCCCCACUUCUAUUUUUUUUCCCUAAAAAUAAUAAUAUAUGUUUCUACCUAUUUGACAUGCCUGUUCAUGUUGGGAAGGACCCUAGAAGUCUCAGUGCUUUGUCUCGUAGAGGAAAAGCGGUGCUUGAACAGCCGGUCUAUGGGGGAGUUGGACUAACAGCCUCUUGGAAUUGUGCUACUUUGCCAAAACGAUGCUUAAUGUUGUCUUUAUUGUGACUUGCUAUAGCUCCUGGACAGUGUUGGCCAUGCAGGUGUUUUGGAGUCCCUGGUCAGCAUUUGAUUUAAGUAGAUUUAAAUACAAGAAUUUAUAAUUUCUUUUUGUAACUUAUUGGGGAGUCCCUCUUGUCUGUUGGCAAGCACAUCACAUUCUGUAUCUUCCCUAUCCCUAUCUAGUGUGAAUUAGUAGUAAAAUGUCCUGCAAGAAUAACAGUGCCAUGCUACUGUAUGUAAAUAUUUGAGACGUGUAUAUGAUAGAAUUCACUGUUUCCUGAAGUCAAUACAGUUUACACUGAGUGGACCAUAUUUGCAAAAUAUUAGCUUACACCGAGAAAGGGAGUGAAUUGUGAUUUCGCUUAUAUUUACUGAAUCAUAACUUUAAUAAGGAACACAUAUUUAGUGGAAUUUAUAGUAAUCUGUAGCUGUGUUUUGGGGUGUGAAUUAUAUUCUUUGCAGCUAGUUUUUUUGCACAAGGUUGUAAAUCCAGGAAGUAAUUUCUGUCUGGGUACACACUGCAUUUCUUUAAAGCAAUCAGAACAUUAAAACUGCCAUCUAACAAGCCGCAGGAGAGGGGAAGGAUUGUUGUAUUUUUCAAGUUUAGCACUUUUGUCUGCAAUCUAUUUCUCUUAAGUUAUUUUAAAAAAAAAUGUUUUUAAAAGCAAAAUUGAAUACAUAUGUUCAUACUUACUGCAUAUUUGAAUAAAUGGAUUCUCUGCUGGAAAUUUAAUUUAAUCUUGUUCCUCUAGUAUGCUCAUAAUUUGUGCUUAUUGGGAGUGAAGUAUUGUUUUCUUCUUCUACGUAGUAUCUUGUUUGUAGCCUUACUUACUGUGCUUUCUAUUCCUUUUUUUUUGCUCUGGUUUACAUGCUGUAUGAUUCAUAUAUUCAUGUGCUUUGGGACUGUGCUCCCAGCGAUGCUGCAGGGUCCCUGUGUCUCUGCGGCCGACGCUCCGUCCUGUGUUGCUGCCGUGGUCCGUUAACGUGGGGUUUUGUGCCAUGCACUCUUUUAUUCUUGCGCCUCUGCAGUAAUUCCAGGUGUGUUGCAACCCUCUUCAUUUUUUUCCUUUAUAUUUGUUUCCUCCACAGAGCUUGUCCUGUUUAUCUUUGCGAACAUUUGUUUUGCUCAGCUCAUAGUGCAAUUGAAAUGCAACGUUCUUUAUUCGACAGCAGCAGCUUAAAUCUGUGCAGGCUCGUAUCAGAAGUGGGCUGGGGAGUGAUGAGUGACAUCCCUGGUGUCCCCUCGCUGUUGAGAACUACGUGCUGAGAGCUACAGCUGUGGCCGGACCAACUCAGCAGCACCAGAGGCGUUUUUCUGUGGUCUAGUGAACUAUCGCAAUUAAACGCCCUGAUGGCCUCUCUCGUCCUCUGCGACUGUUGAGGAAGGUUCUGUUACAGUUAAUCUGAGUUUGUCAGGGAUCCCCGGAGAGCGAGAUGUGCGAGUCCCUAAAGUGUGUCGUUUGGCUUGAUAUGUUGUUGAAAGCUGCUGCACCAUCUGACGCGCCAUAAAUCCUUGAUUUGCAGAAGCCGCGCUGCCCCAGAUCUGUGAACUCCCCUGGCACGCAGCUCACCAUCGCAAGUUCUUUCCAUGCAACUGUUCGGAUGGGCUUUGGCUCAUCCCCACAGUUGCGGGGGCCAGUCCAGUGCCCACUAAAAUCUUCUGUGUGAGCUGGAUGGGCUCUUUUUUUAUUUAUUGUUCAUUAUUUCAUAAUGAAUAAACUCUUUAAUUUGCAUGAAAUCCUGGGUUCUACAGCUUUGCCAAUAUGGUCCAUUACUACUGCCGACUACAACUUGUGUACUUAUAUGCCUUUGAGAACAUUUUUAAUUGUUAAAAUUGUUAUAAAUGUUAAUUUAAUUUUUAAUUGGGGAGAUGGAUUCUUGUGUCAAAAUGAUAUUUACUGUGAUGCCGAUGUUUUUUGUACCUAUCAUCUAGUUAAAUAAUGUGUAAAUACUCUUGAUUCAAGAGAAAUAUGAAUGCCGAUUAUUUAUUGUUCUGUGGAGUUACAUGUUUCAGAUGUGUAAAAAUUUAAAAGGGAAUGUUGUAAAACAAGGUGGAGAAAAUAAAUUUUAUGCAACUUCUUUACUUCA